AUGUUUCUUCAAAGGCUCGUAGUCUUUCUCGUAUGCGCCACCCUCGCCUUCUCAUCCACUCAAGCCACACCACUUCCGUCACCGCAGCAGACCCUCUCUACAAGAGCCUGUACAAACGUCCCCACCAAUCCAUCCUUCGAGAUUCCUUUGUUGACCCCAUGGAUGGACAUGGUGACAGGCUCAUGGUCCUCCCGCGGCAUCUCCACCUCCCCUUCUCAUGUUGGCGCACACUCAGGUUCCAACGUAUAUGCUGCGACAUCGAAUAGCUCGGAAGUGACUGCGACACUUACGUUAUCGCAGUCUUACAUUGAUCUUCCAACCGGUGUGACGGUGGAUUGCUACGCAUGGGUCAGGGGAAGCAGGCCGAGUGGACAGACGCGCGUUGAGAUCUUCCUAGAUGGGGUCAGCUGUGGACAAGAGGUUCGGCUGGGAGUUGGAAACAAAGGUUGGAAGAGGGUCGGCGGCAAGGUCACGGUACAAGAUGUGGUUCCAGGUGUUGGCCAUUCGGUUGCGGUCAGUGUGCAAGGUGAUGGCGUAGAGGAUGAGAGUGGCUGGAGUGUGGCUGUGGACGAUGUCGGUGUGGUAGUUGGGUGCUGA